AUCAAGACUACUGUCAACAAUGACUGGAACAUCACCAGCACAAUCUACUGGAUCUAGUUCUGGAACUACUGGAGUACCUGUCUCCACGACCGCCACUGGUCUCUCAACCUUUGGACCGUUUCCACCGGCUUAUGCGAAUAUCCAUUUUACAUCUUCAGGCAUCCCCUUGCUCAGCAACAACAACAGUAGCAACAUCAGCAACAACAGCAACAGCCACAGCAAUUUCAGCAACAACAACAACAGCAACAGCCUCAACAACUGGGUAUUAUCUUUCAACCGCCAAAUUUGCUUAACAGUACACAGAUUUAACGGAGUUGAUUUUUACUCCAGGAGUUUCGAGUUUGAGCUUCUGGCGCAGUCCGCUGGGCUAUGGCCGUUCUUUACCGGCGAGUUUACGUAUCCUGUCGUGGGAACCAUCAACAAUCAAGUUACCACUUACACGUUUCAUUGAAGGGGAGCUCGACAUAUCUCCCGCGCUUUCUCCCUUAAUAAUUUCUUCGUUUAUACUAACGCCGCUUUCUACCUGCGAUCAUCAGGACACAAAGCCACCAAAGACACCUGGCAUCAGCGGUUAGGACAUCCAUCACAAGGGAUUCUUAAUCAUUCAAUCCGAGCAGCAGUUCUUGAUAAAAAUAGUCUUCUCUUACCUGACGGCAAGGAGAUGAAGCUGCAGUCUCACCCGACGGUUUGCACCACGUGUCCGAUCGCCAAUCUUACCCACGACCCGUUUCCAAGUCAUUUUCCUGGCUCCACAUGUUAUGAACUGAUGCAAAAAGUCUACAGCGAUAUUCUUAACUUACCUGAA